CCCCCUAACCCCAACCCCUUACCCCCAUCACCUGCCUCUGCAUCCCUGCCACUUUUUGCCUCCUCUCCCACCUCUUCUGCCCCAGGGGCUAAAGAUGUCUGUGCAGAGAAAGCACCUUGUAAAAGAGUUCAACCACUUCAUCACCUGCUACGUGUGCAAAGGGUACCUGAUCAAGCCGACCACGGUGACAGAAUGCCUGCAUACCUUUUGUAAAAGCUGCAUUGUCCAGCAUUUUGAGGACAGCAAUGACUGUCCUAAAUGUGGCAUCCAAGUUCAUGAAACAAAUCCUCUAGAAAUGUUAAGGCUGGACAACACCUUGGAGGAAAUCAUAUUUAAACUUGUGCCUGGACUUCGAGAAAGGGAACAACAACAGGAGAUUGAGUUCUGGAAGAAGAACAGGUCAAAAGAAAACGGUGAAGACGAUGGCCCCAAGUCCAAGAAGCCGAGAGUUGACGAGGAAAACGAGCAGGAUGCAGACCAGGACUACCACAGGAGCGACCCCCAGAUAGCGAUCUGCCUGGACUGCCUGCGCAACAAUGGGCAGAUGGGGGAGAAUAUUGUGAAGGGCUUAAUGAAGAAAUUCAUACGGUGCUCGACUCGGGUGACCGUCGGUACAAUUAAGAAAUUUCUUAGCUUGAAGUUAAAGCUUCCAAGUUCUUAUGAGCUGGAUGUUCUAUGCAAUGGGGAAAUCAUGGGUAAGGACCACACCAUGGAGUUUAUCUACAUGACAAGGUGGAGGCUUCGGGGCGAAAAUGCCUACCCGAUGGUACUAGAGUAUCGACCCCGUAUCGACUUUGGUUAGACGGCGAGGGAUCUUGCGUGACGAUGUGUAAUGAUGCCUGCACUAACUUCAACCCAUCGACAGAUCGUGCAAUGAAUGGAUAUGCCUGGCAUGCAGACAUUCUUGUUUCUCCUUUUCAAUUCCCCCCAGCAUGUGGUCACAUGUCUGCCUCUGCCUUACCUUUCAUUUCUCCCUUUCCACUACAAAGUGCAUACUUGGUGAUACGUUUGGUUGUAGGUACAGAGCUCUUGUAUGGCUACAGCAAACAGUUUCUCCCAAGAGGCUUUUAGUUCACAGAUGGCAAACAGACCCGCGUUGGGUAAUGCUGGGUUCUACACAGCAAUAUCCUUCAAGAUCCUUUAAACAAAGUUACAGUGCAUUCAUAAAGUAUUCUUUCACUUCACACAGCACAUUUAUUGUGGGGGGGGGGGGGGGGGAAUUUCAGCAAUAUAUUUUCUUCCCAAAAUGAAAAGGCAUUCCUCCUUUAUAAAAGUAAUUACUCCUUUCUCACAUCCUCAGUAAACUCUCUAUACAUAUAGGCCUUUUGAGCAAUUAAAGCUGAGUUCCAUUGUCUUUGUCUAUGAGCGUUGCACAUUUAGAUUUUUCUUUUUUCUGGAUUUUUUUUUUCCCCUUUUUUUUGCCCAUUCUUCCAUUCAAAUUUGCUCCAGUGCUGCCGGCUGAGACGAAUAGAAUUGGUGGAGUUUUGUGGUCAUUGAGCAGGUUUUCAAGCCUUUGUAAUUUUGGAGUAAUAACUUUUUGUUUUAAACAAUUUCUUUGUGGGUUUUUUUUUUUUUUUUUCGUUUAAGUCUUUUGGGUCAUUGUCCUGGACCUUGUAUUUGUGGCUAAACAGAUUUUCCAGAGAGGGAAACGGGUUCUUCAGUAGUAUUGGCCUGUAUUUGGCUCCGUCCAUCUUGGCUUUGACACCAACAGGCUUCCCAGACAAUCAUGCUGAAUAAUAACUCAGUAGCUUGAUGCUGACACCAUCAUGCUUCAUGCUUGGGAUGUUGUUCCCUUGGUGAUGGACUGUUUGGUUUGUGCCAAAUGUAGUGCUUAGCUUUCAGGUGAAAUAGCUCAACUUUUACAUCCCAUCAGAUUCAAACCAAUUAUUCCAGGAGCUCUCCAGGUCUGUCAGAUGACGUCCCUUCACUGACAAUUACCCUUCUCAUCCACUUACUCAGUUCAGUAAGACAAGUUGAUCUCAUUUUGUGUUCUAUUUUUCCCAUUUUGGUGCACUGGGUUUACCUACUCCUAGGAACACUUGAAGCUCUGCCAAGGUUAUUGUUAUUCUCUAACAUUUCCUUUUAGCAGUCUUAGUUCUACUGGGCAGCUCCUUGUCUUCAUGACAGUGUCACUGAUCUGAAUUGCCUUUUCAUUUGAGACCUCAGUCACUUCUUAUUUUCCACUUAUGCAGCCUGACGUAAGUGAUUCUUAUCAUGUGAUUUCUCAAGAAAAUUGAGUACACAUGACUUAGUUCAGAUGGUUAAUCCAAAGCCGAUAACAUAUUGCUGAAAUCACCUUCCGGUUAGUCAUUUGCUGACUGGAAAAAUUGUCCAGUUUACAUAUUUUAAUUUGAACUUGCAACAUAGAAAUUAAUGAAUUUGAAUAAUUGAGGGUUGAAUACUCUGAAUGCACUGUAUGUAAUCUUCCUUAAGAGUGAUUCCUUUACUUUCCCAAAAAAGUUUGUCAUACAAAGGUGGAAAUUAUGGUAAGAGGUAAUUUUAAGUUGUGAUUGUUUACAGAAAAAUUCUUGUGAGCUCUAUGAAGGCAGUUCAUUUUGGAAGUCAUAAUAAGAGGUGCAGGAAUACAAUAUACUUUCCUUGAAAGUAUUGACAUUGAGCUGAUGUAUUUGUUAAUGAUAUGGUUCUCCUACUCAAGUGUCCUCGUAGUACAUGAUGGAAAAGGGGAGGAUCGCGCAAACCAAUUCUUUCUUGUAGAUGUCACGGCUACAAAGGAACAGUUCUGCAUGUGUUAACACAAAAACCGGGACACCAUUCCCUCUGACCAGGUGCGUUACUGGUGGAUUGCGGCACUGAAACUGUCCAUUGACUUUUUCAGUGCUACAGUUUGUCGUCCUUCCUUAUGAGCAGCUCUCUGAGGUGACGGCUUACAGCAGUGUAAGCAGGAAGCCUUUCCCGGCAUUCUCUUGGAUUGGGGAGGCAGGUGCAGCUGGCUCUUAGGAGGCCUUCAGCCCUCCGUUCCUUCAUCGAUCUUUCAAGCCAGAUGUUGUAAAUGAGCAGAAUACAGUUUCACACCCACACAGCCUUGUUGGAAGAGCAAGAGCAGUUGCCAGCAAGAGGCAGUCAGUCUGCUCACGUCUGCUGUGAUGCCGUCAUCACUUGGCGCCACGUGGUCCGGUAAAGCAGAAGUGAAUUGAGGAACACUGAAAGAAAUGAGUGAGCACUCCAUGGUGUGGAAAAUGUUUGUGUAAACUGUAAAUACAGCUUAGAAAAUGACUGGAGAUCUUGUAAUUGAUUUUCAGAUCUUAUGCAGAUGGCUGGGGGAGUCAUUACUCAACUAAGUUGGUUAACGCUAACCUCUAGUCGUAGACUCUCACUAAGGCUGAGGGCAAGGUAACUCUAUGAUAAUGCGUCUUGAGUUUAAUGUAAGCCUUUUUGUGGGUUUUUUUUUUUUUUUCUUUUUUGUUGGGAGAGCUCAAGGAGGUUUCUUCCCCUCUUGAUUGAUAGUUGAGGGUUGAAGGUUAUCAGGGGCUUUCUAUUGGAAAGCUCCCCAACUCAGUUUGAGCAUCUGUUUUGUACCUUUCACCUGUUUCUUCAGAUUGGUCAUCUGGGCAGUACCGCUAGAUUAGCACCUGCAAAGCGCUACAUGGAAAGUGCACCUGUACUUUCGUCUGGUCACAUGUGUCAGAAAGGUAUUUCUCAAACCUCGUAUCGCUCUCUGGAGGAGCAAGGCGAGCGCUCAAAUAAAAGCUGGGCUGCAAUGUGAUUACGCAGGGAGCCUCUCCUGAAAAUCUCAUGAACUGGUAAUGGCUUUUUUGGCACAUAGUGUUAUUGAUGGAAGAAGGCUGCAUUGAUAGGCUUUAGCUGGACGAACGCGAUUGUGAAGCUGCUGGUCUGUGGACCCUGGCAACCGACCACAUGUGUGCAGAGAAGCGAUCUGCACCAGCCUUAUAUUCAACAGACAGGGUCUGUUUUUAGCUUCAUUGCUGCACUGUUUUCCUUUUAACUUGGGCUGUAGUUUAUACAGGUUACUCACCCCCCCCCCGACCCACUUACUCAAAAGGUCAUUUUAGCACAGUUUAAAAAAAAAAAAAAAAAAAUGAAAAAAGCUGUGUUUUCUAAAAUGUCUCAGGAGGUCUGAAUCGGAAACUAAUUCUCAAGGGCACGUACAGAGGCUAAAUUUAGAGUAUAAGGCACUGAAGUGCCAUAGACCACCUGGUUUUUGGAUAUAUUGUCAUUUUUGGGGGGGGGGCACAGAGUGAGAGUGAGUGACGCAUCAGAACUUCAGAAUUUGAGUUGAUUUGUACAGGGAGAGAUGAAUGCUACGAAAAAGUGACCAGAGGGGGCGAACAGAAGCAAACUAGUGAAGAGUUUAGGGGUAAAGGAGUGAGAUGUGCUUUUCAAUGAUCUCGAUCCAUUCAUACCAGGAGUACCAGUAGCAUAUUCCAGCUUCUGUAUGUCAAACGGGAGGGUUUGGACUAACAUUGUAAGCAAACGUGAGAAAUAGUUCCUGCAAUGUGAAUGUGUGUCUGCAAAAGCAUGAGCCAAAAACUUUCUUUGAAAACACCAUCAAAAGACAGUCCGAGGUGGACCGACUCGGACGUCCGCGUCAAAUGUCCACCGCUCCGCUGAUCCCCAUGGAACCGGUGACGCUUUGUGUAGGAACACCCUCAUCCUAUAUAUGUAUUUCACUAGUGGAGCCUAAGAAACUUGUUCGUCAGCCUCCUAUGAUCUUUCACAAGUGUGCUUUUCUUUGUUUAACGUGUCUUUAAAUAGUGUUUAUAAAACCGAGUAAAACAACUCAACCCUUUCGUGGUUUAAUUGUUAGUUGAGAACAUGUUUAGACCGAAUAACCCUGGAGAUGUCAUUGUGCUGCGAUGAACAAUAUGAUGUAUUUUUGUAAUGAUGAGCACUUGUAGAUAUUUUACCUUGAAAUAAAAUUGUAUGGUGUAUGUUUUCCAAAUAUAAAAUGCUGCUUAAAACAAUCUAUUCUAUUUUUCAAUGUAAAUGUGCCUGAAAUGCAUUCCUAUAGAGAUUAGAACUGUAUAUAUAGAUAUAUAUGCAAGAGUUGUUCUAUAC